AUGCUGGAGAUUACGAGCCUUGGCCAGUUGCUAUCGCAUGUGCAGCGCAGCGAUGUGGUGACGGUGAUCGACUUCUAUGCCGACUGGUGCGGACCGUGCCAGCAGAUCAAGCCACGAUUCGAGCAGAUGGCGCGCUACUACGACCCCAGCAAGGUCAUCUUUGCCAAGUGCAACGUCGACCGUAACCGCGAUUGCGCCAGCCGCUACGGCGUCUCCACGAUUCCCACCUUCAUCGUCUUCUACGCCAAUGAGCGUGUUACCACCGUGACAGGCGGCGACCUUGGUAUGGUGCAGCGUAGCAUCGAUCUCGCCGUGGCCCAAAUCCCGGAGACUGCGGCGCCCUCGUCUUCCGACCGGACGACAGCGACGAGUGACGUGGUGCAGGAGACGCAGGAUGCCUUUGCAGAACAGAUGUUGCGCAUUGUGGAGGCCAAGAGUACAAAGAACCAAAUCCUCGAGAAGGAUAGCUGUGACGCUGCGUACGCGCUGCUCAAGGCCAAGACUCCCUACGGUCUGCUGCUGCUGCCCUACCUCGCCUCUGACGCCUUCUCCGCCAUGGCCAUCGACUCCCUCUUCUCCAACAUUGCCUCUCGCUCUGGCGCUGAGCGGCACGACGAGGGGUAUCUCAUCAACCAGGUCCUGUCCCACCUCAUGCAACUCUCCACCCAUCUCUCCUGGGGGGACGUGAGCGUUGUGAAGCAGCUGCACCGCGUGCUCCUGUCGCUGCUCGCCUGCCCACGGAUGCAGACAGCGCUGAUGGCGAGUCCGUUCUUUACCAACAUGUUCAUCACAACCGGCACGCAGCUCGAGCGCACCACGCUCUUGGGCGUCCUCUUUGGCUUGGGACCAAAGCCUAUGACAGCGGCGCGCGCGCCGCACGGGGACUGGCUCGCGAUGCUAGAGGUGUUCUCUCCUCAAAAGAAGGAUGAGCAUCAGCAGACAGUCUACACCAUACAGCAGGACGUGAAUACGCUUGCGAAGAUGAACGUGCGACUGGUGCAGGGCCUGCUGCACGUAAGGACGGUUCGCGACGCAACACUGCGGUACCUUGGCAGGGCCCUACAACUGAACGAGGAUUACUUGAAGACGAUGCACCACGACAGCCCAAUCAGCUCUCGCUACUUUAUGAUCCAGCUUCAGUCGGUUCUCAUUGAACUCGCGCUGCCUAUCUUCCAGGCGCGCGCGAACAAGGAAGACACGAGCAGCAGUGGGGGUUACGACUACCGCCAGAUCCCAGCCCACUACCUGCUGGAUCGCCUGUACGGCCCAAACGGCGUGGUCGUCUCGUUCGGCAGCGACGUCGAGCGGGUGGCGCACUUCGGCGACGACAACCCGCUGCCCCACCCGCCGUCGAGCCGCGACCCCUACAAACCUUUCAUUCAUCUCUUCUUCCUCGCGGCCCGUGCUGUCACGCUGUGCGCGGCCGUCUUCAUUGACGAGCAUGAGCGCGAUGAGCGCCAGGCGACCCAUCCUCAGGCGUCACGGCAGCAGCGCGACUUCUUCACCGCGGAGAAGCUCCUACUUGAGGGCCUGCUCGGGUCGACGGAGCUUAGUGCGAGUCGACUCGAGUUCCUCAAUCACCUCGCCCACUGGCUCCUGACGGUGAUGCAAGUGGAUGACCAGGGUGUCCUGCCGCCUCAACCGCCAGCGGAAUGGGGCUACCUCCCGCAGUGCCUCGUCGACUGCGUGAUUCGCGCCACGAGUAUGGCGCCGUUGGACGGCCUUUACUCCGACGGCAUGAUCUCCCUCAUGCUGGUGCUGAUGGGCAACACCAAGUACUUCCCUAAGCCCCACACGCACGCCCUCUUCCCUGCCUACCUGCUGCGGCUGCAGGAGAACUACACGACACGCAAGGUGCUCGAGCAGCAUCCGUGGUUCAGCACCCACAUUGUGCGCGCCUGUAUGGAGUGCUACAUCGCUGUCGAGAAGUCCACAUACGAGCGGGUCAAGGUGCGCUAUGAGCUCUCGUACGCCAUCAAAACGUUCCUCAAGUCGAACCUGCUGUGCGAGCCAGUGCGGGAGGAAAUGGAGUCGCAGGCGAACAACACCAUGCUCGAGCGCUUCUCGCACAUGGCGGUGGCGGAGGUGAAUGAGGCAGUCGAUCAGGUGAUCGACACCCUAACAAGGAUGAACGAGAUGGUGAGGGCCGGCGCUGAUUUGUCAGAGAACGCCGUGGCGUCGGCCAGCCCGCAGAACGCCGCUGACGGGUCGAACGGGGAGCAACAGCAGCGGCAGACGCGCCGUCAGGCAAGCAACACGAGUCGCAACGAGGACGCCGACUCCGGCGAGGAUAGUGGCGAGGGAGACGAGGAGGAGAAUGCAGACGGGUCGCAGACGUAUCACGAGCGUGGCAUGAGCCUCCGCUCGCACCUGAUGCUCUUCACCGCUUCGAUGGACAUGUUCAUCGAGCUGUCUUUGCAGUUCCCCAAGGGUGUCUCGCAGAACAUGGUGGCUGGGCAGAUCAGUGAGAUGCUUGCCCGCAGCCUGAUGGCGUUCGCCGGCCCAAACAGCCGGAGCCUGAAGAUCCAGAACGCGGACCUCUACAACUUCCGCCCCCGAGAGGUGCUGAUGCGCCUCGUCGACUGCUUCACGCACUUCCGGCGCUCCAAGAACUUUCUCCGCUGCCUGUGCCACUGCAGCAUUCCGCUCUCUGACAUUCGAAGUGUUAUGCACACCAUCGUGGACCGCCAGCUCGUCUCGGAGGAUCUCAUCUGGAAGGUGUCCGAGAUGGCGGCGGCGGUGGCGUCUGUGUCCAAGGAGGUGGACAACGAGGAGGCCGUCUGGGACGAUGCGCCGGACUACGCCUUGGAUGCGUUGCUCUCCACCCCGCUCCUUCAGCCGGUUGCGCUGCCGGCGGAGGUGAAGGACCUGAAUGACCUGGUGUACGUCAACCAGGAGACGCUGCACCACCUCUUCCUUUCCGAGAGCAAGCACCCCUUCACGAACGAGCCUCUGACGGAGGACAAGGUGGCGGCCUUUAACAAGCGCCCUGACGUGGCGGCCGCUGUGGAGAGGCGACGGGCUGCAGUUCAGAAGUGGCUGGAGGACGCCAAGGCCGCCAAGGCGUAG